CUUUGCACUCCGCGCCUGCCCGAGUAAACCUCGUCUGUCACUUCCUUCCCCUUCUGCACUCUUCGCGCGCUUCAGCCCCUCCAACUUUCAUGAAUCCACCUUCCUACCAGAUUUAAGGCAAACGGACGCAAAACGGGAUUUAACAUCCUGUAGGAUUAAAGUUGUCAAUUUUGCUGUUUGACAGUAUUUAGGUUAAAAUUAGGUUAAAUCCUGCUCAAAUCCUGCUACCAAACAGCACGUAAGGGAAAUGUCGAGGACCUUGGUUCAGCCCGUUGGGCAGAAGAGGCUGACGAACGUUGCCAUCGUCCGCCUUAAGAAACAUGGCAUGCGGUUUGAAAUUGCCUGCUACAAGAACAUGGUUCUUUCAUGGAGAUCUGGAGUAGAAAAAGAUCUGGAUGAAGUAUUGCAGUCACAUACUGUAUACUCAAAUGUUUCUAAAGGAGUUCUUGCAAAGUCAAAAGAUUUACAUGCAGCUUUUAAAACUACUGAUCAAUCAUUCAUAUGCAAAGAGAUUUUGGAGAAGGGAGAACUUCAAGUUGCUGGAAAGGAGAGGGAAUCCCAACUAUCAAGCCAGUUUCGGGAUAUUGCAACAAUUGUAAUGCAGAAGACUAUAAAUCCUGAAACCCAACAUCCUUACACUAUCAGCAUGAUUGAGCGGCUGAUGCAUGAAAUACAUUUUGCCAUUGAUCCUCAUAGUAGUUCUAAAAAACAGGCUUUAGAAGUUAUUAAAGAGCUUCAAGAACAUUUUCCAAUAAAAAGAGCACCUAUGAGAUUGCGCCUUAUUGUACCAGAAAUAUACCUUUCUAGUCUAAUGGACAAGCUUGGAGAGUGGAAUGCGAAUGUCAUCUUAAAGAAUGCAUCAGGUGGCAUGCCAACAAUUACUGUACAACAGUGA